AUGCCGCAACGGCCGCCAGGCCUCAUCCGUUACAUGGUCGAUGUCAGACGAUUCGUGCCGAAGGAAGACUCGAACAAGCCGGGCUUCAACAUCAAAGUGAAGAAGCUCUUCAUGGUCGGCAUCAGAGAAUACCUCAACGAAGGCGAUUUACGGAGUUACUUCUCCGAUUAUGGGUUGAUUGAAAAUGUGGAUGUGGCCUGUGACCACAACACUGUCAAGAAAAGAGGCUUUGCCUCUGUGCACUUCCAGGGCUAUGAUUCUGUGGAUAAAGCUGUUAUCCAGAGGCACCACACGAUUAAAGCUUCAAAACUUCCACAAUCAUCCCUGUAACAAAGAAAUCAGUUGUAGCCUGUCUGAAUGAUUACCGUCCCGUUGCCCUGACCCCCAUAGUGAUGAAAUGUUUUGAACGGAUUGUCAAGCCUCAUAUCACAGCCAGCCUCCCCUCAUUGCUGGAUCCUCUACAGUUUGCUUAUCGUCCAAAUCGCUCUACGGAGGAUACAAUAUCCACCACACUGCACACAGUUCUCUCUCACUUGGACAACAAAGACACAUGCCAGAAUCCUGUACAUUGAUUUCAGUUCAGCGUUCAAUACCAUCAUCCUGCAGAGACUAGUGGAGAAACUGUCGCUGCUUGGCCUUAACACUGCCAUGUGUCGCUAGAUUCUGGAUUUCUUGACAGAGAGACCACAGUCAGUCCAUGUUGGCAGGAACAUCUCUGACUCCAUCACACUGAGCACUGGAUCCCCACAAGGCUGUGUGCUCAGCCCACUGCUGUUUACACUGCUAACACAUGACUGCGGCCAGAUUCAAGGAGAGCCUGAUCAUUAAAUUUGCUGAUGAUACCACAGUGGUGGGGCUCAUCAGCAAAAAUGAUGAAACAAUGUACAAGGAGGAGGUCAAACACCUAGAGAGCUGGUGCAGUGACAACAACUUGAUGCUUAAUGUCACCAAGACCAAGGAGAUGAUCGUCGAUGUCAGACGGUCUCAGCCUGAGCACACACCCCUCAGCAUCAGCGGCUCCACAGAAGAGAGUGGAAAACAUCAAGUUCCUUGGGGUGCAGAUCUUGGACAAUCUCACCUGGUUCAGAAACACCACUGGGAUUGUGAAUCGAGCCCAGCAGAGAUUGCACUUCUUGAGGAAGCUUAAACAAGCAUCGAUCCCCACUAACAUCUUAACUAAAUUCUACAGAGGAGGGGUUGAGAGUGUGCUGACCUUUUGCAUCACAACCUGGUACUCCAGCUGCAGUGCUGCUGACAAAAAAGCCUUGCAGAGGGUGGUUAGGGGAGCAGAGAAGGUUAUUGGGGUCUCCCUACCUUUUGUCCAAGACCUCUUUCAGAGUCGAUGCCUCCAGAAGACACGGUACAUUAUUAAAGACCCCUCACACCCUCUCCAUGAACUAUUUGUUCUGCCAUCAGGUAAACGUUACAGAGCAUCAAAACUAAAACCACAAGACUAUUAAACAGCUUCCUCCCACAGGCAAUCAGACUGCUAAAUAGCUGCUCUACCUGACUCUGCUUUGGACACUUUUAACUUGCACUGGACACUCAUAACUUGUUUUUAACUGACAUGUGGCUGUUGUGUUUUACUAUUUAUUAUUAUGUUUAUUAUUUAGUGUUGCAUUUGUUAUGUUAUGAUUGCACUGCUCCUGGGAAACGCUGUCUCAUUCUGCCCUACAGAGCUGAUGUACGGUUAGAAUGACAAUAAAAGUUUUUGAAUCUUGAA